AUGGAGAGCCCCAGCGAAGCGGCAGAACCGGAGUCCCUGAACUGCAGCGCUAACUGGAGCCUGGAGCUCUCCAGCUCCAGGAACCGCAGUUCCGUCCCAGUCCAACGCAACGAGGCCAUGGCCAAGGUGGAGGUGACCGUGCUGAGUGUGAUCCUUUUCUUGGCGCUGACCGGCAACCUGUGCGUCCUGCUGGCUCUGCGCACUACCCGCCACAAGCACUCUCGCAUGUUCUUCUUCAUGAAACACCUCAGCAUCGCCGACCUAGUGGUGGCUGUGUUCCAGGUGCUGCCCCAGCUCCUUUGGGACAUCACCUUCCACUUUUACGGGCCCGACUUUCUCUGCCGCCUCGUCAAGUAUCUGCAGGUGGUGGGCAUGUUCGCUUCUACCUAUCUGCUACUGCUGAUGUCCCUGGACCGCUGCCUGGCCAUCUGCCAGCCGCUGCGCUCCCUGCGCCGGCAGUCAGACCACCUCUCAGUCCUUUGCACGUGGUUGGUGUGCCUGGUGGUCAGCGUGCCUCAGAUCCAGAUCUUCUCCUUGAGAGAGGUGAGCGAAGGCGUGUACGACUGCUGGGCUGUGUUCAUCCAGCCCUGGGGACCCAAGGCAUAUAUCACCUGGAUCACAUUGACCGUCUACAUCAUUCCAGUGCUGGUGCUGAGUGCCUGCUAUGGGCUUAUCAGCUUUAAAAUCUGGCAGAAUUUGAAGCUUAAGACAGCUCAUGAGCCCAGAGCUUCUGGGCCCUUGGCCUCAUCUGUUACCUGUGGGGCAGAUGCUAGCAACGGGGCAGCCCUGUCUCGGGUCAGUAGCGUCAAGCUCAUCUCCAAGGCCAAAAUCCGCACCAUCAAGAUGACCUUCAUUAUUGUCUUGGCCUUCAUCGUGUGCUGGACUCCUUUCUUCUUCGUUCAGAUGUGGUCUGUUUGGGAUCCCAAUGCCCCUAAAGAAACCUCUCUGUUCAUCAUUGCCAUGCUCCUGGCAAGCCUUAACAGCUGUUGCAACCCCUGGAUCUACAUGCUGUUCACAGGCCACCUCUUUCAUGAUUUGGUGCACCGUUUCCUCUGCUGUUCCACAAGCUACCUGAAGACCAACCCAGGGGGUGAGACCAGUGCCAGCAAAAAAAGCAACUCUUCUACCUUUGUCCUGAGCCGUAAGAGCUCCAGCCUGAAGAGCUUCACCCAGCCAGCUGGGGAGUGA